GGCUCGGGAACCGAGCGCACUCUGCCUGCAGCCCGCGCCCGCGCCGCCUCCCGGGGCCGCAGCCGCCCGACAGCGCGCCCGGAGCAUGCCAGCCUCUCGCCGCCUGCGCUGACUUCCCCCAGAYAUCGGCUCGCACGGCGACUUUCUAGGCUCUGGAUGAUUCUCGCGCUGUGCACUCUCGCCCAGCUCUGACGCUGCCACCGCAGCUCCGCAGACCCGCCGAAGCACACCGAGGACCGUCCCUCCGAGUUCGCUCUCCCAGGCGUGGGGAGCCAUUAUUGGAUGUCCUUUGACUGAGAGAUAAGGUUUUUAACUUUAUUAUUAUGCCUUUGGAGAUGGAGUCCAAAAUGAGCAAACUGGCUUUCGGUUGUCAGAGAAGUUCCACCUCAGAUGAUGAUUCUGGCUGUGCACUGGAGGAGUAUGCCUGGGUGCCCCCUGGCCUCAGACCAGAGCAGAUCCAGCUCUAUUUUGCAUGCUUGCCAGAGGAAAAGGUUCCUUAUGUUAACAGCCCUGGAGAGAAACAUCGGAUUAAACAGCUUUUGUACCAGUUGCCACCACAUGAUAAUGAGGUGCGGUACUGCCAAUCUUUGAGUGAAGAGGAGAAAAAAGAAUUGCAGGUGUUCAGUGCUCAGCGGAAGAAAGAAGCACUUGGAAGAGGAACGAUUAAGCUUUUGUCCAGAGCAGUGAUGCACGCCGUAUGUGAGCAGUGUGGGUUGAAGAUAAACGGAGGGGAAGUUGCAGUGUUUGCCUCCCGUGCGGGCCCUGGAGUGUGCUGGCACCCAUCCUGCUUUGUCUGCUUCACGUGUAAUGAGCUGCUGGUCGACCUCAUCUAUUUUUAUCAGGAUGGAAAAAUUCACUGUGGCAGGCACCAUGCGGAGCUACUCAAACCACGGUGCUCAGCAUGUGAUGAGAUCAUUUUUGCUGAUGAGUGCACAGAAGCAGAGGGUCGCCAUUGGCACAUGAAGCACUUCUGCUGCCUCGAGUGUGAAACGAUCCUGGGAGGACAGAGGUACAUCAUGAAGGAUGGCCGCCCCUUCUGCUGUGGCUGUUUUGAGUCUCUCUAUGCAGAGUACUGUGAAACCUGCGGGGAACAUAUUGGUGUUGACCAUGCGCAGAUGACCUAUGACGGGCAGCACUGGCAUGCCACAGAAGCAUGCUUUUCCUGUGCCCAGUGUAAGGCCUCUCUGUUGGGAUGCCCCUUCCUUCCCAAACAAGGUCAGAUUUAUUGCUCAAAAACCUGCAGCCUCGGUGAAGACGUCCAUGCUUCUGAUUCUUCUGACUCUGCGUUCCAAUCAGCCCGAUCGAGAGACUCCAGAAGAAGUGUCCGAAUGGGUAAAAGCAGUCGGUCAGCGGAUCAGUGCAGACAGUCUCUCCUCUUGUCCCCUGCUCUGAACUACAAGUUCCCUGGUCUUUCCGGCAAUGCUGAUGAUACCCUUUCCCGGAAGCUAGAUGAUCUGAGUCUCUCCAGGCAAGGAGCAAAUUUUGCCAAUGAAGAAUUUUGGAAAGGGAGAGUAGAGCACGAAACCCCUGAAGACCCUGAAGAAUGGGCUGAGCAUGAAGAUUACAUGACACAACUCCUCCUCAAGUUUGGUGAUAAAAGCCUCUUUCAGCAGCAACCCAGUGAGAUGGAUAUUAGAGCCAGUGAGCACUGGAUAUCUGAUAACAUGGUGAAAAACAAGACCGAGUUAAAGCAAAAUCAUCAGAGUCUUGCCAGUAAAAAAUACCAGUCUGAUAUGUAUUGGGCCCAGUCACAAGAUGGACUGGGCGAUUCUGCUUAUGGUAGCCACCCAGGCCCUGCAAGCAGUAGGAGGCUCCAGGAACUGGACCUGGACCACGGUGCUUCAGGAUAUAAUCAUGACCAAACGCAGUGGUAUGAAGAUUCCCUGGAGUGUUUGUCAGACUUGAAACCAGAGCAAAGUGUUCGGGAUUCUAUGGAUUCUUUGGCUUUGUCUAAUAUCACAGGGGCUUCAGUGGAUGGAGAAAGCAAGCCUAGGCCAUCACUAUAUUCUCUACAAAACUUCGAGGAGAUGGAGGCAGAAGACUGUGAGAAAAUGAGCAAUAUGGGAACUCUGAACUCUUCCAUGCUACAUAGGAGUGCAGAGUCCUUAAAAAGUCUGAGUUCAGAGUUGUGUCCAGAAAAAAUCAUGCCUGAAGAGAAGCCAGUACAUCUGCCAGUGCUCAGAAGAUCCAAGUCUCAAUCCAGACCACAGCAGGUCAAGUUUUCGGAUGAUGUCAUCGAUAAUGGAAGCUAUGACAACAUUGAAAUCCGGCAGCCUCCAAUGAGUGAGAGGACUCGGAGGCGGGUUUACCAUUUUGAAGAGAGGGGAUCUAGGUCCCACCACCAUCGCCGCAGGAGAAGUAGAAAAUCCCGCUCUGAUAAUGCCCUGAAUCUUGUCACAGAAAGAAAAUAUUCUCCCAAAGACAGACUGUGGCUUUACACUCCUGAUAACUAUGAGAAAUUUAUACAGAAUAAAAGUGCCCGGGAGAUCCAAGCAUACAUCCAGAAUGCUGAUCUCUAUGGACAGUAUGCCCAUGCCACAUCUGAUUACGCACUGCAGAACCCAGGAGUGAACAGGUUUCUGGGGCUCUAUGGUGAAGAUGAUGAUUCCUGGUGUUCCUCCUCCACUUCCUCCUCUGAUUCAGAAGAAGAAGGGUAUUUUCUUGGACAACCAAUUCCUCAACCCCGGCCACAGAGAUUUGCCUACUACACAGAUGACCUUUCUAGUCCAACUUCUGCACUUCCUACCCCUCAGUUUGGUCAGAGGACAACUAAAUCCAAGAAGAAAAAGGGACACAAGGGCAAAAAUUGUAUCAUUUCUUAACUGAGUAGCUGUGGAGAUCAAUUGUUUAAAACUUAGCCAUUAACCUUUGGAAUCUUAUCUUUUUUCUUCCAUAGGAAAGUUGCUAAAAUAGUUUAAAGUGCUUUCUUCUCCCAUGUAAAUGAGAACCCUACUGCUGUUUACAGUGUCAGAUUAACAGUUGAAAGGUGUGAUUUCUCCAGUUUACCCUCCUUGGAUGGUGCCAGGUUAACGUGACAUGUGACAUCGGUGCCUGUAGCAGGUGCAUUACAGUUUCAAAUAGCUGCUUUGGUCUCCAAUCCACAAGAGAAUACUCAAACUCUCGAGGUGACUGGACCGGGGUGUCCAUUUAGAAGAUGGAGAACUCCAGCCACCUUUGUAAAGCAAUAGUGUUUGUCUUUAUGUACGUCAGGUUGGCUCAGGUCCUGACCAGUCUGUCUUGUUGUGAGGCAUGCACUUGUCACAGUGACCUAGCUAAUACUGUGCAUCCUAUUGUGUGAGGCCAACUUGUCCCCUUUCAGCCCUUAUUAGCCAGGUAAACAUUGUAUUGUAUUAGCUCCAGCU